AUGCAUGUUCAUGCAGCCUCUGUUUCAGUCGUAGCCGCGGCAUUAUCAUAUCUACCAUCGGCAGCUGGUGCACCUCUGAAUGGAUCCACCGCAUUAACAGGGUGCCGUUACCUACCGGCAGACUCCCAGUGGCCGGGACCAAGCGAAUGGGACAAGUUAAACCGCACAAUUGGUGGCAGACUCAUAGCUGGAAGACCUCUGGCACAUGUCUGCCAUGGUAGCGAUUACGACGCUGCUGCCUGUACAAACGUGAGGGAAAAAUGGACGGAGCCCCUCUCAUACUUCACGGACCCGGUAAAUGUAAUGUCGCCAUACUGGCUGAAUAACACCUGCAGCCCAUACGAUGCGCCAAACGCAACGUGCAACCUGGGAAAUAUUGCAUCUUACGCCAUUAACGUUAGUAGUGCGGCAGAUGUCAUCGCCGGAAUCAAGUUUGCCAAGAGAAAGAACGUGCGACUAAGCAUCAAGAACACCGGCCACGACUACAUUGGAAGGUCGAACGGCCAGGGAUCCCUUGCACUGUGGACGCAUAAUCUCAAGAACAUCACUUUUUUCAACUACAGUAGUGCCGCGUACACGGGACCUGCGGCCAAAGUAUCGGCGGGUGUCCAGUUCUUUGAGGCAUAUGCCGCUGCUGCCAGCCAUGGACUGAGAGUUGUGGGUGGUUUCUGCCCCACCGUCGGAAUGGCGGGCGGUUACGUGCAGGGCGCUGGUCAUGGUCCGUUGGGAGCUACAUACGGUCUCGCGGCAGAUAACACUCUUGAGUUUGAAGUCAUCACUACCGAAGGAAGACAUCUGGUGGCUUCGCGUGCCCAGAAUGCGGACCUUUACUGGGCGCUUAGCGGCGGGGGCGGAGGCAACUACGGAGUUGUACUAUCUUUGACCACGAAAGCCCACGUCGAUGGGCCUGUCGCAGGAGGUUCGCUUACCUUCGACAACCAGGAUGAGGAUUCAUAUUGGGCCGCAAUCGAGGCGUGGCAAACCCAUCUGCUGACCCUUGACAAGAUACCGGGUUUCACUACUGUCUGGGGCUUCACCAAUGCAUCCUUCAACAUUGCGUUUGUGACUCUGCCCGGUGGCAAUGCUUCCGUUGUGGCCGAUGCUUUGGCUCCUUUCCUCAAGGAGCUUGAUAGGCUCAAGGUGGUUCUCUCGACCUAUGAGACCAGUGACCGACCGAGUUUCUACGAACACUACGAAUACUACACCGGUUCUCCCCCUUAUGGACCUUACACAACGAACGAUGUUAUUGGCGGCCGCCUCAUUCAACGUUCCACGGUGGAACAGAACGUCACCAAUCUGGUUUCCGUUCUUCGUAAUGUUGUUCAUUCUGGGCUACCUUCGGUGCGCGUUAACGGCAUUGCAGCCAAUGUUACGCACGCACGGGCAGGUAACAAGCCGGGUUCGAACGCUGUCCUCCCAGCUUGGCGGGACUCUCUUUACUGGCUCAACAUUGAUGUCAUUUUUGACCCCGCUUCGUCCGUCUCCACGAUUCACGACAUUCAGAGUCGUGUGAACGGUUUUCAAGAUCGCCUUAAACCCUUGACGCCCGGUGGUGGGUCAUACAUGAACGAAGGCACAUAUGACAACGUGGACUGGAAGGUGGAUUACUACGGAGAGAACUACGACAAGCUUCUGCAGGUUAAGAGGACGUAUGAUCCUAGUUUCACCUUAUACGCACACACCUCCGUGGGCGCAGACGAGGUAAUUGUUGGCCCAGACGGGCGCAUCUGUAAAAAGGUGUAG